GAAAUGGUGAGGUCGCACGUGACAGAUUACCUCGCUGGUGCUGACCAGGAAAUUCCAGACUGGCCGAUUAAGAUUACCUUCCCGGGGAAGGACAAAAUUGCAGUUAGGUCAGAUGUUAAAAUCUAGGUUUGGUAUCAUGGGCUUUAGCACGAGUGACGCCAUUUGGGGUCUGUGGUUUUCUCUUUAACAACAUCUUUAGACAUUUUCCCAAAAAGUCAUAAAAAUGCUCCUUUCUUGCAACCUGGUUUCCCUGGUUUGCCAAAAAACAUUAUAACCCCCAGCAAGUGAGCACACACGGGCACACCUGCAAGUGAGGGGCCCUGAACAUUAAGCUACCUUAGUCUCUCCCAUCUCUGCCCUCCGUCUCCCCCUUUAUCUAACCCUGUCUCCCCCUCAGCCUCCCCUUUUCUGUCCCUCAGUCUCCUCCAGUUAUCUCAGGCAAAGAUAAUGGUAGAAAUGACUUCUGGGGAGUGCUGGCACUCCGGAAGGAUGUCAGCAAGUGACCGUGUCACUGUGGCUUUCCCUUUCCUCCUCUGAGACACUGUCACUGUCUUUUCUGGGGACCUUGAAGACUGUUCUAGUCUCUCAUUUAUGACUCCUGGCUACACAGCCCUCUGGCCUUCACCAUCCCAGGCGUAUCACUCUGCCUGUGUUUCCCUUAUCACAGCCCUGACCCUCUGGGCUGUCACUCUGUUGAAGUGCGGGGAGCCCCCCCCUCCGAGGGCAGGGCCCAGGGACUGUCUUGGUCACUGCGUGGCCCCAGCAUCACCCAGCAAAGCGCCGGGCACAAAGUGAGGGCUGAGCAAAGAUUUGGUAAAUAGCUAAGGAUCCCCACUCUGUGAGGGCACAGGUGACACCUGGCCCUGUGGUGUCCCCUUUGUGAGUUAGACAGGGGUUCCCUCCAGGUGGACGCAGCUCCACUCCAGAACGCACGACCUGGCGCGUGGAGCGAGGGCUGGAUUUCAGUUAGUCCCCUUGUCCCCUCAGCCACGCGCCCCGGUGCGGCGCACAACCUUCGCAGCCUUGAGCAAUGGCCCUAAGGAGUCUCUUUUCGGUCCGCUAGCCGAAAAGAGACUUAGGAUUCUCUCUGGCGUAGGGAGCCGCGGCUCCGGGGAGGAAGCAAAGGAAGGAAGGGGGAGGAAAGGAAGAAUACCCCCAACCCAAGCAUCCCGCCGGUCUCCUGGGUCCGAGAGCGCUGGUCUCCUCCCUCUGUCCUCACACCUGGCGGUGGGGCGUGCCUCAGUUUCCUCCACCCCCGUCCCUCCCCUUUUUCCUCUUCUUCCUCUUUGGGGCGCUGGUGGCCGCGCGUCAAGCACUCCCGGAACUGAAGCUGGGCGCCUGGCGGUCGGGAGGCAGGGGCCACGUCAGCGGAGCGGCCGGGAGCUUGGCGGGCCGGCCGGCUGCGCCAUGCGGCGGGGAGCGCUCCUGGCGGGCGCCCUGGCGGCGUACAUCGCUUACCUGGUGCUGGGCGCGCUGCUGGUGGCGCGGCUGGAGCGGCCGCACGAAGACCGCCUCCGAGCUGAGCUGCAGACUCUGCGCCAGCAGCUGCUGCACCGCAGCCCGUGUGUGGCUGCCCCUGCCCUGGACGCCUUCGUGGAGCGGAUGCUGGCGGCAGGACGGCUGGGGCGCGCAGCGCUCGCCAACGCCUCGGGGUCCGCCAACGCCUCGGACCCCGCCUGGGACUUCGCCUCGGCGCUCUUCUUCGCCAGCACGCUGGUCACCACCGUGGGCUACGGGUACACGACGCCGCUGAGCGACGGGGGCAAGGCCUUCUCCAUUGCCUUUGCGCUCCUGGGCGUGCCGGCCACCACGCUGCUGCUGACCGCCUCGGCCCAGCGCCUGUCGCUGCCGCUCACCCACGCGGCCCUGUCCCGGCUGAGCCGGCGCUGGGGCUGCCACCGCCCGCGGGCGGCCCGCUGGCACCCGGCGGUCCUGCUGGGGGUCGUGGUGACCAUCUGCUUCCUGGUGCCGGCCGCAGCCUUUGCCCACCUUGAGGAGGCCUGGAGCUUCCUGGACGCCUUCUACUUCUGCUUCAUCUCUCUGUCCACCAUUGGCCUGGGUGACUACGUGCCCGGAGAGGCCCCCGGCCAGCCCUACCGGGCCCUCUACAAGGUGCUGGUCACAGUCUACCUCUUCCUGGGCCUGGUCGCCGUGGUGCUCGUGCUGCAGACUUUCCGCCGUGUGUCUGACCUUCAUGGCCUCACAGAGCUCAUCCUGCCGCCCAGUCCAUGCCCCUCCAGCUUCGACGAGGAUGGGGACGAUCGGGUGGACAUUCUGGGCCCCCAGCCAGAGCCACACCGGCAAUUCACCACCGGCUUGCACGCUGACUACGCCUCCAUCCCCAGGUAGCUGGGGGCUGCGGACCUGGCCUGUGGCUGAGGGGCCCAAAGGGCUGGACUGACAGACUAGCACGUCCACAAGCACAUGCCAGUGUUCCUGAGGCCCUGCCUCCGCUAUCCGUCUGUCCUUUGUCUCACCUGCCUGAGCACCACCCGGAUCCAGGAACCAGCAUUGCCUGUUUCCCCUGCCCCUCCUCUCACCUCCCUGCACACUCUGUGCUUCCCUGGCUUCCUCACCGUCUCUGUCUCUCCCUCUCACCGUCUCUUUGUUUCUCAUUCUUUCACUCACGCCAUCUAUCACUCACCACCUGCUGAUUCGCCCAGGCUCUGGGCUCAGACCUCAUUUCAGGUGCUAGAUCAGUCACUCCACUUUGGCCAAGUGACCGGCCCUCUCAGAGCCUUGAUCUCCCCAUCUGUCAAGUGGAAAGAGUAUAUUCACUCAUUCAAAGCUCCCUCCUCUGUGCCAACCCAUGCUGGGCAGUGCUAGGGACAUAGCAGUGUUCCAGAUGGUCUGGGCCCUGCUCUCAUGGGGCUUGCCAUCCUGUAAGGUAGACAG